GAGGGUGGAGGUCGGGGUCCCCGGAGCGCUGCCCUCAUUGGUGCCUGGGGCCUCGGCAGCGGUGAGGAUCCUCUGGGGAAGGCCCCUUGACUGUCCUGGCGGGUGCCCGGAGGGAAACUGAGGAAACGUCGGGUAAUGUGGGGACAAACUGUGUCCCUUCCCGCCCUUCCGGCUGUGCUGGAAAAGAGAAGAGUCGGACGCUCAUGGUUGGAGAAUGAGUUACGGGACCGCUAGACCGUCUCUGUGAGCGUUUUUCCUUUCUGAGUGCGGUGAACCCCCGGAACAGAGGCUGUUAGUUGCUUCUGUUUCCAUUUCUUCCAAAAUGAAAUUCUGGGCUCAUCCCGUGAAACGUCACGGGGAAGCUUCGCUGCGCCCCUAGUAAGAACAGGUCCUGGCGCUGCAGCGCGGUGUUUAGGACCCAGUUUCUGCCUCACCUGGUCCCCGCGCCGACCGACGUGGUUCGUGGGAGGCCCGGGGUGGGAGGAAGUGAGCGUUUAUUUGAAACACAGCUUUUUUUCACUUUUAUAGCAUAAUAGCAUGUUAGAGGAGCUUACGAUUUGGUUUUUUAAACUCAGAAAUAGGUGUGUUUUGACACUUAGGGCAAUUUGAGGGGAAGCUGGGCGCGUGCUCAUUGAACGUGGAGCAAGGAACACCGCUGUGUUCCGGGCGCUGUGCUAGCUAGCUAACUCUGGGAGGCAAAGAUGAAAUUGGGUGUACUUUUCAACUGCUUUUCUCGUAAAGAAAAAGGAAUUACAAGUGACGUUUGCAAAGAGGUUAUUUUUCUUCAGCUCAACAAACAUUUAUGGAAGGCUUCUGUGUGGGCCAGACACUGUCAGAAGCUGGAUGAAUAAGUUCAGAAUUUAUUCAGAUUUUCUCGGUGCUUCACUACUGUAUGAAAUAUAGUUUACCAAGAUGGACAGAUUCCUGCCCUCGUAAGCAAAUGCACCAAGGCUGAACUGUGCCAUUUUGAAGAAUGGAAGCCAAUGCAUCUGUUGACAUGUUCUCAAAAGCCCUGGAGCACCAGCUGCUUCAGACCACCGCGCUGGUGGAAGAACAUCUCAAUUCUGAGAUCCAGAAACUGGAUCAGAUGGGUGAGGACGAACUGGAACGCCUCAAGGAGAAGAGGCUCGAAGCGCUGAGGAAAGACCAACAGCAGAAACAAGAAUGGCUUUCUAAAGGACAUGGCGAGUACAGAGAAAUCCCUAGUGAGAGAGACUUUUUUCAGGAGGUCAAGGAGAGUAGAAAAGUGGUUUGCCAUUUCUACAGAGACACAACAUUCAGGUGUAAAAUAAUAGACAGACAUUUGGCGGUACUGUCCAAGAAACAUCUGGAGACCAAAUUUUUGAAGCUGAAUGUGGAAAAGGCUCCUUUCCUUUGUGAGAGACUGCGUAUCAAAGUCAUUCCCACACUAGCACUGGUGAAAGAUGGGAAAACUCAAGAUUAUGUUGUUGGAUUCACUGACCUCGGAAAUACAGAUGACUUCACCACAGAAACCUUAGAGUGGAGGCUCGGUUGCUCUGAUAUUCUUAAUUACAGUGGAAAUUUAAUGGAGCCACCAUUUCAGAGCCAAAAGAAAUUUGGAACAAACUUCACAAAGUUGGAAAAGAAAACUAUCCGAGGAAAGAAAUAUGAUUCAGACUCUGAUGAUGAUUAGAGUUUAAUUAUAACUCUUUGUAAAUCAUCUUUUGAUUUCUGCCUAUUUCAGAUUUAGGUGUGUUUUCUAAAUGCUCUUGGUUUCGAUGCGCUGUCCACCUAACGCACACGUUCUGGAGUUUUAUACACUUGCGUCACGGUGAAAUACAUCUUUGAUAUUUUCUGUGUGGAGAUUAUGUUUAAGGUGAGGAAAACUUCGGAGUUCUUCCAUUCUAUGGGAAGGGUCUGGAUUCUCUAUUUUUGAGAUUGAUUUUAUCACAAUAUGAUUCUUAGUUUUUAUAUCAUUCACAUAUGUGUUUUUAAUCUACUGAACUGGAAAUAGAAAUUCAAUAGACUCUUGCAGGACUAAUUCUUAAGCAGCAUUGUUUACUUUAUACGCUAGGUCAGGUAACAUUUACUGGUAUAACACGCUGUACGUGUAAACUACUGUCAACACACUUCACCUCUAGAAUAUUUUUAAUUAGCUGUUAGAGAACUGCGUAUUUAUUGAUUCUGUAUGCUGUAUGUCAAUGCUAAAUUAACUGAUUGCAGCUGAGAGUUGUUCCUGUGUGAACAUACUGCCUUAUUUAAUGGGUACUGAGUGCUUGUAUUUUAAGACAUACGUUAAAAACUAAUCAGGCUGCAUCUUUGGAAUGGUGGCAUGAGGAGGUCUGUGAACUCUCUCCUCAGUAACACAACAACAACUUGUAACAAUUAUUUUUAAAAAAGCCAUUAAAGUCAUUGGAAAUUGUCAUAGGA